CCCAAAGGUGAAGUCCCAUCAGCCUCGCGCGUUACCUUUCCCUCUUUUCCUCAGCGGUGCUUAGGGAGGUGGCCGCCAUCUCGUACUCGGCACCAUGGCUGCCCUCAGACCCCUCGUGAAGCCCAAGAUCGUCAAAAAGAGGACCAAGAAGUUCAUCCGGCACCAGUCAGACCGAUAUGUCAAAAUUAAGCGGAACUGGCGGAAACCCAGAGGCAUUGACAACAGGGUGCGCAGGAGAUUCAAGGGCCAGAUCUUGAUGCCCAACAUCGGUUACGGGAGCAACAAGAAAACAAAGCACAUGCUGCCCAGCGGCUUCCGGAAGUUCCUGGUCCACAACGUCAAGGAGCUUGAAGUGCUGCUGAUGUGCAACAAGUCUUACUGUGCUGAGAUUGCGCACAACGUCUCCUCCAAGAACCGCAAAGCCAUUGUGGAGAGAGCAGCCCAGCUGGCCAUCAGAGUCACCAAUCCCAAUGCCAGGCUGCGCAGCGAAGAAAAUGAAUAGACAGCUCGUGUGCACGUUUUGUUUAAUAAAACUGUAAAACGGCCAUCUGGCAUUUC